UCUCCGCAUUCAACGCAGUUAGCAACGCCUAAAAAUAGUUCCAUUAGGACCUCAAUGCUGGAGAGGAAUUAAACGCUUAAAUGGAUUUGUGUGGAGAAAGGACAUUCACAGCCACAAGCCAUGUGGAAGUCAUUAUUCAUGGCCUCUCUGAAGCCUUAAGAAAGUGAUUUUCAAGACCAGGGUGAAGAAGAAAUGCUGAAAUGGAAGGAGUGUGGAAAUAUUUUCUCACCAUUUUGCUAGCAGUAUCAGGUUCCUGUUCCCACAUUACAGAAGGCCCCCAGAAUGCAACAGUCCUGGAAGGCUCUGAGGCACGGUUUAACUGUACGGUCUCACGGGGCUGGCAGCUGAUCCUGUGGUAUAUCAACAACCAGGUCUCCCUGAGCAUCACCGUCAAUGGACCCAUUAUUUCAAGUGAUCGCAUCGUCCCCAAGAGUUACCAAUCUGGGGACUCUUUUACCACUGAAAUGAUUAUCCGUGACGUGAGGAGGAGUGAUUCCGGAAAAAUCAAGUGUGGUCUCCAGAACAGUUCUAAAGAAGAAACUGCAUUUCUUUCUGUUCAAGUCGUUGGGUCUUUGCAUAUUCAAAAUGAUAGCCUUGUAUUAAUUGAGGAUAAAGCGCAUGAAAUUAUUUGUGAAGCCUCAGGCUGGAAUCCACUGCCAAAUAUUAGUUGGGUGAUCGAUGUUCCCGUAAAUCACUCAAGCUAUUGUUCCCACCCCAAGCCCGGUGACCUUCAAAGUUCAGUGAGCAUCCUGUCUCUGAUGCCACAAGGCAACGGUACCCUGACCUGUGUGGCUAGCAUGGCAGGGUUGCCUUUCAACCGGUCGGUAAUGGUCCAUCUCACCGUGAUUAAGUCUCCCUUAGAAGGUGAUGUAUUAAGUAAUACAUUCCCUACCUGGGCUAUAAUUCUGCUCGCGGUUGGACUGCCACUGCUUUUGAUCCUGGUCAUUAUACUGGUUGUGUUAUUCUGCUGUGGCUGUUCCUGCAAGAAAAGAAAAGAAGCCAGUUAUCAAAGUAAAAUAAGGAACCUUUCCAUUUCAAAACCAAAUGAUGGACCUAUUCAGGCCAUGGGGAACAAUGGCAAAGAAAAUUAUGGUUAUAGCUCAGAUGAGCCAAGAAACACAAAGAUUUCAUCUCCUCCAUCGGUGACCUCCAACUUCAGUGCUUCAAGACAAGGUGGCCAAGUCAGACUGCCUCAUCAGAUAAAUGAAGAACAGCAGCAGGUCAGAACCGCUCGUUCAACACCCACUGUUUAUCCGUCUCAUCCAAGGAAGAUUCGAAAUGCAACUUUGGUGUAGUGAAGAUGCUUCUCUUGCUUCGGGUUACAUCUGGCUGCUUCCGCCAUCAUAGAGAGGCCAUUACUGUUUCAUCGAUAUUCUCCUGCCCAGACUGAAUUAGAAGGUGAAUAAAAACUAUUUAGAGAUUUCUGUUGAAUUCCUUAGGAGUUCUGCCCACUCAUCUUGCCUGACAUUUGUACAGUCUGACACUCCUGAGAAAGUCUUCACCAUAGGCUUCAUGGAUCAUGGUUUAACAUAUAUUUUUUAUCCUUCAAUCAUACUGUUCCCAGAAAGUGAGUGUGUAAACAUUUUAAAUGUUGAAUUGAGAGGAAAACAAUAGUGAGCCUAAGUUUUCUGAUAUGAAAGUAAGGUUGAACUCUUGUACUGUGGUGGUGAAUUUUUGUAAUCUGAGAUCUCUCCUACCUGUGGAUGUACUUCUCCGCCGUUUCCUCACAUUAUCAACAGAAUUAGAAUAGCCAACAUUGUACGCUGUUUUUCCCCCAGAUGUUUUGAGUACUAUUUAUUUAAAAUGAGAUGUGAAAUCUGUUAAUAAAAUUCCUAAAUUCAC